CUUUUCUCGGCUUAUAUUUUAUAAAUGAGAGUGGAUAGAUUUUUUCCUCACUUUUUUGCCAAUUCCAGUGAAAGAAAGACACUAAGAGCUCUACAUAUAGUCUUUGGCUCGAUAUAAGGUGAUUUUAGAAUUAAGAUGACGAAUUUCAAGAUUUUUGUGGGGAUGGUGUUUCUGGUGUUCAUCUUUUCGCCUGAAGACUUUGGAGCGCACGGUACAAGGGGGCCACCAGGUCCUCGUGGGCCCCCCGGAUAUCGCGGUUCCCGGGGUUUACCAGGUCUCCAAGGACUACGGGGACUACGAGGAUUGAAAGGGGCAAGAGGACACGUGGGAUUGACAGGACGUCCUGGUUCUAGAGGUCUUCGUGGUGACAGUGGCAUACCCGGGACGCCUGGUCCCCUCCAGAAGCUAAAAUGUGGUUUUUAUAAAUCCCAUUCGAACAUCAAGUACUCCAGCUUCGUCAGAUGUCCUUUCCUGGAUCACUUGAUUCUGUCGUGUUCUUGUUGGUCCCCUAGUAGCAACUGCUCUGAACAGUAUUCUAUUAAGGGGAAUUUGUGUAGCUGUGUGUGUAAAAGGGCGCGUGCUACUGCUGUGUGCUGUAGAGUCGCAACGAAAAAUAUGGGAAAGAAGUAGAAUUUAAAAAGAGAGUGAAAAAAUUCUAAUUCUCAGCAAGACAUAAAAUACAGUUGGUUAAAGUGCGAAAGACCGACUUGAAACUUGGAAUACCUUUAGUCAGUUACGCGAAAGCUAAUAAACUAAUAAACGUUGAGAAAAGGAGUAA